CGACAUCAGCACCGCAGCGCUGCCGCUCCGUCCCCCGGCUGCCGGCCCCCGGGAGCGGAGGCAGCGGCGUGUGCGCAGGGCUGAGCCGACAGCCGGCAGCCCGGCCCCCGGCCCGGCGUAUAAAUACGGGCGGCGAGCGGCGGAGAGCUCCUGGCAGCCACCAUGAAGCGCCUCAACCUGCUGUGCUGCUGCGUGGCCUCGCUCCUGCUCCUCGGCACGGCAGAUGAAGAUGUCGGCCAUGCCACCCAACGCCCCUUGUCUGCUGCACAGCCCUAUGGGGAGGAGAUGGCCGUCAGUGGCAGCCCCAAGGAGGAGGAUGAUGGUGGAGCUGCCAACAUCUCUGUGCUCAGAACCACAGAGGGAGGUGGCGAGAGGGUUGAAGAGAUGAAGGGAGGCCUGAGCGAGGCUGCAGGGCAGGGCCAGGAGGGGCCUGAUGGGUCAUCAGGGAAGGACGCCACGUUGGGCAGCCCUGGAGCAGAGGGAGAGGCCGCCCCAGAGCAUGGAACACAACAUGGUGGCCAGGAGGAGGAGGAGGAGGCCGACACCAAGGAAGUGGCCUCAGAGGAAAAGGAGCCAAGAGUGUCUGCUCCCGAGGGAGGAGAGGAAGAGGAUGAGCAGAGCUCAGAGGAAGAUGACGAGCAGGGGGAGUCUGAGGAAGAUGAAGGCAAAGCAGAGUCAGAGGAGGAGGGAAAGUCUGCAGAGGAGGGAGAGUCUGAGGAGGAUAGUGCCAGUCCAGAGGGGCUGGAGGAUGGAGCUGAAGGGACUGACGCAGAAGAGACAUUAGGGGAAAAGAGCCAUGGCAAGGCAGCCGGCCAUGAGGGAGAGCAGAGGAAUGGCCCUGCCAGCUGCCAUCACCCACCCUGUGGGGACGUGGAGCCUGGCUCUGGCAGCAGCAGCCCAGAAGCAGCAGAAGACCCAUCUAGAGCAGUGGAAGAAGCAGCAGCAACAGAAGACCCACCAACAGCUGUCAAAAUCCCACCAGCAGCCCUGGAGAACCCUCCAACAGCAGAAGACCCUCCAACAGCUGAAGACCCUCCAACAGCUGAAGACCCUCCAACAGCAGAAGACCCUCCAACAGCAGAAGACCCACCAGCAGCAGUGGGAGACCCCCCGGCAGACAAGGCACCAUUAGCAGAAAUGGAGAGCCCAGCCAGUGCCCGCCCCGCUGCCGCUGAGCCCCGGCGCAGCCAGAUAGAAGAGGUUGAGGAUGCCAGCGAGCCCACCAAGCGUGACCGGUCCCACCUGGAGAACACCCUCAAGCUGAACGAAGACAAACCUGCAGAUGACUUCUCAGGAGUACUGCAGCGGCUGAGGAAGAUCUACCACGCCUCCAUCAAGCCCCUGGAGCAGUCCUACAGAUACAAUGAGCUGAGGCAGCAUGAGAUCACAGCUUACCCCGGACGCACCCUGGGCUCCUCUGCCACAGAUGGGGAGAUCACUUCCAAGCCGAUGGUGUUAUUCCUGGGACCGUGGAGCGUUGGCAAAUCCUCCAUGAUAAACUACCUCCUCGGGCUGGAUGACACCCCCUACCAGCUCUACACAGGAGCAGAACCCACCACCUCUGAAUUCACUGUCAUCAUGCACGGCCCCAAGCUGAAGACCAUCGAGGGCAUCGUGAUGGCUGCUGACAGCGCACGCUCCUUCUCUCCCCUGGAGAAGUUUGGGCAGAACUUCUUGGAGAAGCUGAUUGGAAUAGAGGUGCCCCACAAGCUCCUGGAGCGAGUCACCUUUGUGGACACACCAGGCAUCAUUGAAAACCGCAAGCAGCAAGAACGAGGUUACCCAUUCAACGACGUGUGCCAGUGGUUCAUCGACAGAGCUGAUCUCAUCUUUGUUGUCUUUGACCCUACGAAGCUGGACGUGGGCCUGGAGCUGGAGAUGCUGUUUCGCCAGCUGAAGGGCCGCGAGUCUCAGAUCCGAAUCAUCCUGAACAAAGCCGACAGCCUGGCUACCCAGGAGCUUAUGAGGGUCUACGGAGCCUUGUUCUGGAGCCUGGCUCCUCUGAUCAACGUCACGGAGCCUCCCAGGGUGUACGUCAGCUCCUUCUGGCCCCACGAGUACCACCCGGAUACCCACAAAGACCUGUUCCUCAAAGAAGAGAUAUCGCUCCUGGAAGAUCUCAACCAGGUGAUUGAGAACAGGAUGGAAAAUAAGAUUGCCUUCAUACGCCAACACGCCAUCCGGGUGCGCAUCCACGCCCUGUUGGUCGAUCGCUAUCUGCAGACCUACAAGGACAAAAUGACCUUCUUUAGCGAUGGAGAACUGGUGUUCAGAGACAUUGUGGAAGAUCCUGACAAGUUCUUUAUUUUUAAGUCCAUUCUGGCGAAGACCAACGUCAGCAAAUUUGACCUCCCCAACCGCGAGGCUUACAAGGACUUCUUUGGCAUCAACCCCAUCACUGGUUUUAAGCUGCUGUCUCAGCAGUGUUCCUACAUGGGAGGGUGCUACUUAGAGAAGAUCGAGAAGGCCAUCACUCGUGAGCUUCCCGAUCUGCUGGGAAGCAUUGGCUUGGGGAAGAAGCCCAACGUUCUCUCCUGCGACGUCACCGGCUGUGGCGAAACCCCAAAGAAUCGCUACAAGAAGCCAUAAGGUGUUCAGUACCAUAACCAUCCUCAUGUUCCUACCGGUGAAUGAGCUUAUGUCUUAUCUGUCCAAGAAGCCAUGGUUUGUUAACCCUUUGAGUGCCACACUGGCAAAGGCUACUGUACGAUGAGGACUUUGAGUCAUUGACAUCAAUGGCAGGGGAAGAUGGGUGGGCAUAAGAAAGAGAAUAAAAACUGUGAAUUCCUGA